CGGAAAUCAAUUUUUUCACAACUGGAAGAUCUCCUAACCACAUCACAUCGCCAUAUUGAUUUCGCUCUGUGCUUUGUGCUUGCUGCUUGGUUGAUUUCGCUCUGUGCUUUGUGCUUGCCGUGUGGUUGCUGCUGUAUUUGAAUUUGUUAACUUAUAUUGACCUCUGAGUUAAUUUGUUUUGCUGUUUUUGUUCUUUCAGAUGGCGCUGAUCAUUGGGGAUUCUCAGGUCAAGUACCUGAACCAGUAUCUUUGGGAUGGAAUUACUUGCAUUCCUAAACCAGGGUACAAGGUUCAGGAUCUUGUGCCGAUUAUUGAAGAGGUUGGACCUUACUUCAAUAAAGUAGUCCUCCAUUGCGGAACCAACAAUGUGCUGAGCGAGGAUGCAGAGACCAUCGUCGACCAUAUUUUGAAUUUUGCAGAGACCUUGAAGAGGGUAAAUUCGUAUGCUACACUGAUGGUGUCAGGCAUCCUACCAAGGAAAAUGAAUGGCUACCGCUGUGAAACAUCUGGCCAGCGUGUUGCUGGGAUGAAUGCCAAGUCAGCUUGCGUAAACGAUAUGCUGCGACAGUGUUUGCCAAACAUGGAGGUAAUGUUCAUUGAACUGUGGGAUUUCUUUUUGCAGCCUGGAAUGAUUUCUUUUGAUGGACUUCACAUCACGGCUCAAGGUUGCAAGUUGCUGUGCAGAUCCUAUGGGAAGUUUUGCAAGAGUAAGGUGCCCAUCAAAUUGUCUGUUCCUACAGAACAAAAUGUUGCUGUUGUUUCCAGGAUUACUACAAUUUCUAGUAAGCAGCAAGGGGUCGCGGCAUCUUUACCUUCUAAUGAAGACUUUCCUUCCCUGGAAGAAUCUUGUACACAGAAGCGUUUUGUACUCUCUCAGGUUCCAAAAGUCAAAAAACUACCUGCUUUUCAGAGAAUGUCUCAGCGUUUGAAGGUUUUGCCUAGCCAGUUUACUUCAAUUUCUUGUGUACCUUGUGUAGUCCAGAAUUCCUUUGCCCCAGUAAAUCCUGUUGUGCCAUCAGCUGUUGAGUCUCUUAAAAGCAAUUUUCAGGUUCCUGUGUGUACCCCAUCUUCUGGACAGUCAUCAUCUCAGGCUAAAGUGUCUGGGCCACUACACAACGUAUCUUCUGCACCUCAUUCACCACUGCCAUAUUUUCAGCACAGUGCUUCAAAAAGGUUUUUUCGCCCAGUUCUGCCAUGUAUUGAAUCAUUUGUCCAUGAAAACAAGUUUAAUGUUUUGAAUUCUGUAACAGAGAACGAAGAUGCCAGCAUGUUUGAAAGUAGUUUUGGUGGUAAAAAGUGCAGUAAAAAGAUGAAAGAUUGUAGGUUUAAGAAUAGUGUAAAUCCAAGGAAAGUUCGGAGCCGUCUGGUUGGAGGGGGAGCCACUUCAUUAUCAGAAGGUGUAUCGUUCAGUAGUUAUAAGGAAUUUACAGAGGUUUAUGAACAGUGGUUAGAAGAAGGACAUCAUCCAAUGAGAGUGAACCAUUCUGUAAGAAGUCCUGGUGGUGGUGAUAAUAUUCCUUAUGUGCAGGUAAAAUAUGUGUGUAAACAUUUUGGUAAGCCUAGGAUUAGAGGUAAUGAUGUUCGGCCAAAUCAAAAGUAUAAUGCCAAAGGUUGCCCUGUACAUGUAAAAAUUAUUUAUAAUAAUAAGCUGAAAUGUUAUGUUGUGCGUAGUAUGAUUGAUUGCCAUAAUCAUGAAACUGGUCCAGAUGUCAUUAUGCAUUAUCCUGAUCAAAGAUUACUUGAUAAGGGGGAACAAGAGGCAAUUGCCCCUUUAAUCAAAUAUAACAUGGGCACGAAAGAAUUGAGACAGUUUAUUGGGGAUGAAAGUGGGAAAAUGUUACAGAGUAAGGAUGUUCACAAUUUACGUCAGCGGGCAAAAGAGAAUAUUGUUGAUGGGCGCAGUCAGGCAGCUUUGUUGGUAGAUGAGCUAACGAAACUGCAAGAGGAAAUUGGCUGUUCAGUUCAUAUAGAAACUGAUGAAAAUAAUGAAUUACUUUUUCUUGUAAUGCAAACUAGUUUUAUGAAAAAUUUAGCUAGUAAAUACAGUGAUGUUUUGAUGAUAGAUGGUACUUACAAGGUUAAUGCUGAAGGUUAUCCAUUAUAUUGCGUUUUGUGUGAGGAUGGGAAAGGGCAUGGAAAACCUAUUAGUUAUGUGUUUGUCAGAAAUGAAACAGAAGUAGUUCUUAGUAAAGCUUUUGUCAAAGUUUUGGACCUGAAUCCUAACAUGUUAAAUUGCAAAGUAAUGAUAAUGGACAAAGACAGGGUAGAAAUGAAUAUAGUGUCAAAAAUGCUCCCCCAAAGCAAUCAUGGAGUGUAAGUUAGCUACUAGGGGACCCUAGGCGCAGAGUCCCUCCCCUGACCUGGUUGCCUCGGUUGACUUAUCACCACCCAAGCCAACAUUCCUGCAGCGAGCACCAGUGAGAGCACCCAGACCAGUAUGGCUUGUUAAAAAAAAAUAUGUGAUUUAAUGAUAUUCUUGCAUAAUAAAAAUGAUCAUUAAAUAGUGA